UCGUUACUUAUCGUCGGAGGGCUCAUGCGAAUAUCCGCCUACCGGACGCUUGGGCGGUUGUUUGUUGGAGAAGUAGUGCCGCAGAAGAAGCACAAGCUCGUUACGACCGGGAUGUACGCCUACGUUCGACAUCCCAGUUAUAAGGGGUGGGGUAUGCUUAUGCUAGGGCACUCCGUCGCGCUCACUACGCCGCGCUCGUUCCUAGCAGCCAUCGACGUGUGGAGCUCUACCCUUGGGACCAUCGUUGCCCUCAUGUUGGUGAGGCUCUGGAUGAUGUUCAUCCCGUUACUCUGUGUCAGGACGAAGCGGGAGGACGAAAUGUUGCGGCAGGCAUUUGGAACAGAGUGGGAGGAGUGGGCGAAGAGAACGCCGUAUGGGCUAGUUCCAUACGUUUGGUAA